GAUCCCCGGCAGAUUUAAAGCCGCGCGCACGGGCGAGGAAGAGAGGCGGGUUCCGACGACACAGGGUCGGGCGAGCCCCUCCUUCUCUUCGCACCUCGCUAUGUCUUAGGUGGGAGGAGAGGCGGUUCUAAUCCAUGGCAGGUUUCGCCUUGACCUCUUCCGUCGCGGCUGAGCGUCCCUUCGGCAGGACACGAGGCCAUGCACUGCUGCCCGAGCUGGUGAUGACCCUGAGCGCCCUGUUGGUGAUUUUGGGGGUGCUGCACUUGUGGCUCUACCUGCAACAGCCCAGUUGCUACGGGAAGCACGAACCCCACCAGUCAACCCCGGGGAAAAACCACGCCGCCAGGACCCCGCGCGGCGCCCACCUGCCGUCCCGCUACGCCUGGUUCCUCCAGGAGCUGCCCGCCUUCCUGGUGCCCGCGCUCCUGCUGGCGCUGAGCAACCCUCCACGCUUCGCGCCGCUGGGCUGCAGGCUGCUGGGAGUCAUGUUCUGCGGCCACUAUUUCCACAGGACAUUCAUUUAUCCAUUCUUCCAAAGAGGCAGACCUUUCCCAAUGAAGAUAAUGUUUUGUGGUACACUGUUCUGCAUCUAUAAUGGCUUCCUUCAAGGUUACUACAUGAUUUAUUGUGCUGAAUAUCCUGAUGAUUGGUGUAAAGACAUACGAUUUUUGUCAGGUCUUUUGCUGUUUUCUGGCAUGGGAAUCAAUAUCUACAGUGAUUUUCUUCUACGUCAGCUAAGAAAGCCUGGAGAGUUCACUUACAAAAUUCCACAAGGAGGAUUGUUUGCAUAUGUUUCAGGAGCAAAUUUUCUUGGAGAAAUCCUGGAAUGGUUCGGGUAUGCUAUAGCAUCCUGGUCUCUACCUGCUUUAGCCUUUGCAUUUUUUACACUUUCCUGCAUUGGACCACGUGCUUAUCAUCACCAUAGGUAUUUAUACUGUAUAAAUUAUACAAUAUGGUAUCUGACAACAUUCUAGUUAAUAAUAUUGCUCAGAAGCAGGGAAUAAUAUAUAUGAGCCUUUCUAUAUCAAGCUGGAUUUAUAAAUAAAUAAGUAAACUAAAGGGCCAAUUGAUCAGAACUGUGAAAGCUUCAGAAUAAGUACUUCGGAAUAUUCAUGAUUGUGAUGCCUCUCUGCUCUUUAUUAAAGUAACCCAUAUUUGUCUUUCAGGCUUCUGCUCGUCUGAAAAAGGGUACCAACCAAAGCAAUUCUUAAAGCAGUUGUAUCCCUCUUUUCAUUUUGCACCCACUGAUUUAUAUGCUGUGCUUGUGCUCUUUCUCCUUUCCAGACAUAUAUUGUGACUGUGUGUACAUUUGUUCUGGAAACAGAUUGUGCACAUUCUCAGCCACAUUUCCAUUCUAUUCUAUUGUAAACUGCUUUGAUGCCACUUUUCCACUAAAAUUCCCUUUUCACAAAACUAAUGCUGCGUUAUUAGCAAGCAAUAUGCAGUUAUGCUUCAAUCUAUUUUGCUCAAAUAUUGUCUCCCAGAACUGUCAAAAUAGAUAAAACAGUAAAGGAUGAGUAAGAAGAUGCCCAUUUAUUUGAAAUAUUAAUACUUUGCCUUUGAUCCAAAUUGACUUCAGUGUGCUAAAAUAAUCUCCUGUGGGCCCUUAAAACUGACAUGUGCAGCUGUGGAUUGCAGUUCUGUUUGGAUGAGCAUUGUGAGCCUGGGUGAAAUUUGUUUGUGCUCCUCUCUUUUAGGAAUCUAAGUGUGAGCUGCCUGUCGCACAAGGCACAUGAGAACAUAUGUGUCUCUAUAUUUUAUUCUAGAAGUCAGACAGGUCUAUGGAAAUGUGUGUGUUUCUGGAUAGGAAUUUUGUAGCUACCUUACUUAUUGUCAAACCACAAAAGAUAGUCAAUGGAUUUAUCUAGUUUUGGCCUUUUACAAGUGGAUAGAAACCGCUGAAGCAUAGCUUUUUCCCCAUCUACCCUUAUUUCUUUGUUUCCACACAGAUCUGCUUCACGUGUAAUUUAUAGGACCUCGCACACAGCAUGUCUAUUGUCUUUUUACUUUUGCCCUGAAACUUCAAAUGCUGAAUCGGGUAGUCAUAUAAAUAUACACAAUGCUUUCUGUAGGAGCCACACUGAAUAGACAACUUAGAAAAUUAGAAUAAGAACUUUCUUUUCACGUUAUCCUUAAAGCUGAGGGUUUUAUAAACUUUCAAUAAGGAACAUAACUUUUUGUUGUAUUUUGUAUAACUUUUUAUUCUGUUACUUAAGUUUCAUUUAGGCCAAGCAUAAAAACCAUGUUAGAAAAUACCUCGAAAUACAGGUAUCCUUAAUUACAACCAUUCAUUUAUAAUGACCAUUCAAAGUUAUAACAGAGACGAAAAAGGUUCUUAUGACCAGUUUCCACAAUUAUAACACGCAAAAUGAAUGGGGAAGCCAGUUUGCUUGUAAAUCGCCUAACAACCAUGGUAACAAUGGUGGCAAAAUGGGCCAUGGCUCAGUUAACCACUGCCUUGCUUAGCAAUAGAAAUUUUGAGCUUCAUUGUGUUCGUACGUUGAGGAUUACCUGUGGCAACUCUUCCACUGUUUUAUUCUUGGACUUCUCAUGAUGGAUAAAUAAUGCUGAGUAUAGAUCUCUGACAAAUGAUGAUCAACAUUUACCAGCUAGUCGCUAUUCAAAAUAACAGGAGUUCUCUACAAAUAAUAUCAGUUGAGUCCGUCUCUGCUGGAAGACACCAAUGUUUAAAUCUUGUCUUCCAGAAGUAUUGAGUCUUUCUCAAGCGACUUACAAGUGAAAGGAAACUUAAUAUAUAACGUCACAUGUAGUUUUUGUAGUAUUUGAUAAAUUUUUCAUUACAAAUUACCAAUAUUACAACAAUUAAAUAAGUGCAGUAAAAUAUUGAAUAUAAAAGAGUGAGUUUUUAAUGUUAUUAGAAUUAUUUCCAUCAUGGCAGAUGGUCCUUUGAUAGAGAGGAUAUAAAAGUAAUUUUUAUUUAUCAUUUAAAUGUUAACAUUCUUUGAAAACUUUGGAUCCAUUUGUGAGCCAUUUUUGAAGAGCCACAUACCAGAAGAGAUUUGAGAAAUGAGAUUGUAUCUUCUUAAAGCAGGAUUAUAAUUUAGGGUACAUAUCUUCAUGUUUGUGUUUGUUUUCUUACAGGUAUUAUUGAAGACAUUCACAGCCUAUCCAAAAUCAAGAAAGCCUUGAUUCCUUUAUAUUUGAAGAACAGUUAUCCGAAUGGAGGGUGUUAUCUGUUCUUUAUUGUUACAUAUGUUUUUUAUUGUUGUUAAGUAUAAUGUAUAAAGACCUUGAAUAAUUUCAUUUUGUGUAUAGAAUCCCUCUGGCUCUUAAAAGCAUGAAGAUAGUCAGCAAAUAAUGAUCGUACUUGCAUUUACACAGGUUGGCAACUAGUGCUGCUUGUCUGAGAAAUUGGACGGUUGGCACUAUCUACUUUUUCACGAAAGUGAAAAUAAGAAAAAAUCAGUUAAGGGGGAAAAGGGCUUGUUAGCUAUAGUUUAUUGCUCUAUUCUUUGUUCUUUCUCUAAAGACAAAGAAAAACAUUCUAUAAAAAGUGUACUCAGUUUCAAGCUACGUAUAUAAAUGCUCUGUUGGUAUUUCUUCAAAUGAGUUAUGGUGUAUAUAAUUAUUAUCAAAAAUGAAAUGUAACUCGCUCAGUUAUUUUAACAGGUAAUUAACUGGUAAUAGUGUUUUUAUAAGUGUGAUCCAUGAGCUGCAUAUGACAUCAAAUAAAAAUCAGACCUUUUGCAUGAAACACAAAA